GAGAUUUUUGUACUUCUCUUCGUCACCCCGAAGCGUGUUCCUCGGGCUCUGCUGAACUGGGCCUAAACCCUAGGGCUUUACUCUCUCUCUCUCCUGAUUGUGGCCAUGGCCUUCAAGGUCUUCCUCUGCUGCAAGUCAGCAUCGAAAUCCUUGAACCAGUUUUUCCUUCAGUCUCCUUCAUCGACCUUCUUCCCACCCUUCUCCUCGUUCUUUGGAGUUAUCUGUUCCUUCUCUUCUCGAUCGAGCAGCCCUUGGAAUCAUCCCCAAGUUCACCCACUUAGGUCCAUGGUGACAUCGUCCCAUCCUCGCUACGACGUUGCCGAAGCCGUCUCCGCCGCCCUUGAGCCCGACUCUCGCGUUCCCGCCACCGUGAUCACUGGUUUUCUCGGCUCCGGAAAGACUACACUGUUGAACCACAUCUUAACUUCUCAACACGGAAAGAGAAUUGCUGUUAUAGAGAACGAGUAUGGAGAAGUGGACAUAGAUGGCUCAUUGGUGGCUAGCCAUAAUAGAGUGGCAGAGGACAUUAUUAUGGUUAAUAAUGGCUGCCUUUGCUGUACUGUACGAGGGGAUCUUGUUAAAAUGUUGUUGAAGCUAGUCACAAAGAAGAAGGGCAUGUUUGACCAUAUUAUCAUAGAGACGACAGGUCUUGCAAAACCAGGCCCUGUUAUUGAAACAUUUUGUACAGAUGAUUUAGUCUCACGACAUAUAAAACUUGAUGGUGUUGUUACACUAGUUGAUAGUAAGCAUGCCACACGACAUUUGGAUGAGGUCAAACCAAGGUGGGUGGUUAAUGAAGCUGUUGAACAAGUUGCAUACGCUGAUAGGAUUAUUUUGAACAAGAUAGAUUUGGUUACUGAAGCAGAACUGAAGGCAUUGAGAAAGAGAAUUAAGCUCAUCAAUGGGAUGGCUCAAACCAAAGAAGCAAAAUUUGGUGCUGUUGAUAUGGAUUUUGUUUUGGGAAUUGGUGGAUACGAACUUGACAGGAUUGAACGUGAAAUUGAAGGGGAUGUAACUGAAGAGUCCAGUAAGCAUGAUAAGCAUUGUCAUGAUGAUGAUCAUGGGCAUCAUCAUGACCAUGUUCAUGAUGAUGCUGUCUCUUCUGUGAGUAUUGUUUCUGACAAGACUCUGGAUCUUGAUGAGGUUAAUGAUUGGCUUGAGAUGGUGGUGGAAGAAAAAGGGGAUGAUUUGUACCGUUUGAAAGGUGUGCUUUCAGUAAAUGAUGCUUGUGGUAGAUAUGUCGUUCAGGGUGUACAUUCAAUGUUGGACGGUUGCCCAGCCAAGCCAUGGGGCCCUGAUGAAAAGAGGGAAAGCAAGCUGGUUUUCAUUGGCAAGAAUUUGGAUGAAACUGCCUUGAGAAAAGGCUUCAAUGGUUGCAUAGCCUGAAAGCACAUUUAGCAGUUUUACCAUUUAAAGGACUUGAGAACCUGGAGAAGAGAGGAACUGAAAAAGCAAGCAAGACUCAUCUUUCAAGAGGCGCAAGUUCGUUACACCUUACUCUGGUUGGACUAGAAGCAAGUUGCGCUUGGUAUGAUAAGGUCAGGAAAUGCUGAAUUGCUUGAUUAUGUUCUGUUUUGAACUGACUGGAUUAAGUUGGUGGUGUGGAGGCUCUAUUUUUUUGCCAGUCAGAUGAGUGAUAACUAAUCAAAUUGAGAUCAAUGUAAGUUGUGCAAAUGAGUAUUCA